CCGAAGCAGAUCAAGAAUCUCCUCCUAUUCUCCGCAAUCAUCAAUGGGAACAAAAACGAGGCAAACAACUCGAAAAAUUAUUACGCUCUGGCUUCUUCUUCCUCUCUCUCUCCUGCUAUUACACGCUAAACUACUUCCGAACCUAAUCUCGCCUCGCGCAAUGUAAUCCAAUUCCAAUGCCUCCUCACAUUAGCUAUGAUCCUCUCUUAUCAACACGCCACUCGCUCUCUCAACUCUCGCCAUAAAUGCACGCCUCACACGCUCCUGCUCCCACUGUCACUGCUCGUCAUCUCAGCCAAGUACUCACUUUGCCCCCGACGACCCCAGGAGUCUGCAUGUCCCCAGGAGUCCGGUCCAGUGAAAACUGAGAUAGCAAGAAGCCACAGCGGAAAUAGAGUGACUUUUUUGUGUCGACAUAGGUUUGGGACAGGAUGGAAGUGAUUUCAUCAGUGCUCAAGUGUUGCACCACGAAAGACGACGAAUCAGACAGUCAUCACAGACAUCAAGCCAGUCUCAAUUGUCAUCCUCUUCUUCCUCCCACUGGGACGAGUGCCACGAGUGAAAGCAGUACAAUUGUUGUUGUCAGUGGUGGUGGUGGUGACAAAGUAAUGGACUUCUCACCACCUUUAUCCGCCGACCUUGCGAAACCGGUCGAUCUCAGCAACAAUAAUAACAAUCACAACAAUAACAAUAAUGUAGAGGAAGAACAUAACAAUGUGGGGGGUUUGGGGAACAAGAAAUUUAACGGGAACAGUGGUGGUGGUGGUGGUAGCUUAAGUGGUGGUGAAAGUGACAACAACGCCAUGGACUCAUCGCACUGCAAUGGAGGUGGUGGUUCCGUGAGAAAGUUGGCCUUUUCCGUGGAAAAUAUUCUUGAUCCCAACAAAUUUACUGGAAGAACAUUCGGUUUGCACCCAACUUGUAAAGGGGUCCUGUCGCCCUCGGAUUUAUUGCACAGCCAUCAACCGAUUCCCAAUUUCAGAUUUCCUUUUAAAGAUAUUCACGAUGCGGACCCCGACUCGACGACGACAACUCCGCCGAACUCUGACCUCCAGACGUCCCCCUGUGAAACGAGUCUGGAGGAUGAUGAAAACUCCUGUGAUCUCUUACUCGAGGAUGACACUUUCCGUGGUGACUCAUCCGAGUCUGUCGGGGAUGAGUCCACUUCCUUUGACAAGGACGACUCAAAAUCUAGAAAAAAAUCAUCCAAGAGUUGUAACAGUGAUACGAAAUCUGUGGCAGGUAAACCACGUCGAGCCCGGACGGCAUUCACCUAUGAGCAGUUAGUCGCACUGGAAAACAAGUUCAAGACGACGCGAUACCUCUCCGUCUGCGAGCGCCUCAACCUCGCCCUGUCCCUCUCGUUGACGGAAACACAGGUCAAAAUCUGGUUUCAAAACCGCAGGACAAAGUGGAAGAAGCAAAAUCCCGGCAUGGAUGUCAACAGUCCACCCGUCCCCACGCCCAACUCGGGAGGACUGGGGUCCUUCGGAGGUCCGGGAGGGUCACCCUACUCCGCCGCCACGCACCACCUCCUGUACCCCCACAUGACGGCGUAUCUCACCGGGGGCAGCGUUUCCGGGGCGUCGGGAUCACUGCUUUCCUACCAUCACAACGGUACCCCACCCUCCAACUCGUUCUCCUCCUCGUACUUUUCUCACCUCAGCCACAACUCGUAAUUAGGAAUUGUUAGUUAAAUAUACAUAUAUUUAAAAAUCCAGCAAGAAGAAGAAGAAUCAAUCAUUAUUUGUGUUGGUGACAAGUCAACGUAUGCCAAAUAUAUUUAUAGGAAUACUUUUUUACGCUACGUAUACAUACAUAAAAUACAUAUUAAACUUUACCGUUGUGGGGCUAGAAGGAAUUGUGUAAAAUAGACAUGUUUUUGUUUCACAUGGACAAAGUGAAGUUCUUUUUUUUGUGGCAAAAAUAUCUACAUACUUACAAUCAACGCUGUGUAAUUACAGUUUUGCUACAUAUUAAACAAGACAAAUAUUGUGUAGUAAUUGGGCUGCCACACGAGGACGACGACUGUAAUAAGUAAAUAACCUGCUGCAAAUAAAUAAGUUGCUCCAAUUAAGUGAAGGGACGAUGUCAACGUGAAACGUGUCGGACAGAAUUUGUUCAAAUAAAAAAGAAACCAAGGUCUUUUACCAAUAUAUCAAUAAGAUUAUAAGAUUGUUCGUUUUAUUAUUGAAAAAGUUGUCCUUGGAUCCUUUGUAUCAUUCAUGAAAUAAAUCAAUACUAUUAUUCGUUGAAACGUA